AUGGCGAUGCGACUGAUGAGCUUUCCCGUGGAGGGCAGCUUGAGGACGAUCCGGCACAGGCAGAGCAAAGACGUCGAAGACGCCUCAGCGAUCCCAUCCGCAAUGCCGGCCAUGUCCAAGAUCGCUGCUGCUGCUGCAGGAGCAGCCGCCGUCACUGCGGCCUCAGCCUUCGUGGCACCGAGCGCCUCCCCGGCGCGAGCUCAGGCAUCCUCCCUGCGUGGAGCGGAGCGCGCGCGCUCGGGCGCCGCCGGCAGCUCCCUGCCUUUCGGCCUGGGCGCAGUUGGCCUUGCCGCGGCCGUUUUGGCGCGCCCUGGCUCCAAGACAGCCAAGAGCACCGGGCCUACGAUCCUCAGCGCAUACGAUGCCUCCAAUGAGAUCGGAGCCUGCGACCCCCUGUUGUUCUGGGACCCGGUCGGCUACUGCCAGGAUGGCUGCACCAAGGAGGACUUCGACCGUCGUCGUGCUGUGGAGCUGAAGCAUGGCCGUCUCUGUAUGGUCGCCACCAUCGGCAUGGUGUGGCCAGACAUCUUUGGCAAGUUCGAUGGCUACUUGUCCCCAUCGCAGAAUCUGAAGUUUGCCGAUGUGCCCUCGGGAAUCGCAGCCGUGACGAAGGUUCCUCUGGAGGGUUGGUUGCAGAUUCUCUUGGUGGCCGGCCUCAUCGAGACCCAGCUGCUGAAGGAUCAGUCCUUCGGAGGAUUCGGCUAUGCCAAGUACGGUGCUGAGCCUGGCAACUUCGGCACUGGCUACUGGGGCAGGAAGAUCCAGGACCCUGCCGAGCGAAAGCUCAAGCUGACCACCGAGCUGAACAACGGCAGGCUUGCGAUGAUUGCCAUGUCCGGCAUGCUGAUCCAGAACGGCCUCACUGGCCAGUCCCCAAUUGAGCAGCUCACCGCAGGCCACAUCUCGCCCUUCAACGAUGGCCAGGGCUUCUUCGCCUUCGACCCUUCCGCGGAGCUUGGUGCCUGCCCUCCGCUGGGCUACUGGGAUCCCUUCGGCAUGAUGGCUUUCCAGGAUGAGGAGAAGUUCCGCCGCAACCGUGAGCUGGAGUUGAAGCAUGGCAGGAUCUGCAUGGUCGCUACGAUCGGUAUGAUUGUCCCCGACCUCUUCGGCCGCUUCGGUGGCUAUCUCUCGCCCAGCAUGGACCUGAAGUUCUCUGAUAUCCCUUGCACCAUCGAGGCCAUCUACAAGGUCCCCACCUUUGGCUGGUUGCAGGUCUUUGCUCUGGCAGGUGCCAUUGAGGCCAAGAACCAGGCCUUCCCGGAGAACUAUGGCUACCCCCCCUUCUGGGGCCGCAUCAACACCCUCGAGCCCGAGGAGAAGCAGAAGAAGCUGCUGGCCGAGAUCAACAACGGCAGGCUGGCCAUGGUUGCUAUGGCGGCCAUCGUGGCACAGAACGGCGCCACGGGCCAGUCUUUGGUCGAGCAGUUCACCACCGGCAACCUGAACCCCUUCGUGGGCGGCUACGCGCAGAACGAGACAGCAGGGGACAAAAUGCAGCUGCGUGCCGAGUUCGGCUCGGGCGCCGGCAAGUCCACGGCCCUCCCUUGGGAUCCCAUCCCCGAGGGCCUCAGCAACGACAUCUUCAACAACACCUACGUGGGCGAUGUGGGCUUCGACCCUGCAGGCCUGGUGGGACCG